AUGGCUGCAAUAACAGCAGGGCUCCAAAAGAUAAUGGCGCAGCAAAAAAAGAAAAUGGAGCUGGGAGAGAAAAGAUUGGAGGAAAGACACCAGAAACUCACAGAUGCUCUUAUAUCAAACGACACUACGUUGUGCAACUCAAAGGAGGAUGAUGAUACAAAAAGAGUUAGGAGAAGAAGCCACUCCGACAAACCUUUUAGAGGAUGCACUGAAGAAGAGGCUGAAAGUGAUCUAGCUGAAAUAUUUGGAGUCAAAUCAGAUAAAUACAUACACAUCCUUCCGGAUGGCAAGACCAUGGUUGUCAUUAAGAAGCAGGUGAUAGUAGAAGGAGAUACAGUGAGAAUAGAAAAGGGAGAGCUGUUUGAGAUAGGCGUAGUAAAGCAUCUGCAUAAAGGAGCCCUGAUAUUAGGCAGUAAAGACAGAGAGAAGAAGUAUCCACUAAACAAACUACUUUCCUCAAGAUAUUUUAUAUCACUACAAACAAGUAGAAGAAAGGACUCUUCUAGCAAUUCUUCAAUAUAA